CACCGCCUCCGUCGCCGCCAUUCAGAAGCUUGGCGCCGCUCUCCGGGCUUCAGUGAGAGAGAAGGACGACGAGGAAAGAAGGAAGAAGACUCAUUUUGAUCUCGGUACGACGGUUGUUCGAAAGUCAAACUCCUCGGAAUACAUUUGGCGUCCAAAAAGAAGCGGGGCGAAUGAGUAAGGAGCAGCUCUAGGGUUCAUUCAGUACCCUGACGAACACGGAGCCCACCCGCCCAUUUAUUUAACAGCGCUUUUCUCCCGGGACCCGUCUAAAUGCUGGACAAGUUCAAACCCGUGGCCCCACCGCAGAAGCAACCACUCGACUCGGUGGUCAUGGCGGUAAGCAAGACGUCGGCGUGGCUCCGCGAGCAGCUGGAGGCGCCGCGCCGUGAUUGCCUCCUGCUGCUCAUGGACUGCCGUGGCCAGGAGCCUUAUGAAUCGUCGCACGUCCAAGGUGCCAUCAGCGUGGCGCUGCCCGGCCUCAUGCUGCGCCGGUUGCGCAAGGGCAACCUACCCGUGCGGGCGCUGCUCGCCGACGGCCCUGACCGGGAGCGCUUCGCGCGGCGGUGCAAGAGCGCCACCAUCGUGCUCUACGACGAGUACAGCCGCGAGUGGAACGAGAAUGUGGACGGUGGCUCCGUGCUCGGGCUCCUGCUGCGCCGCAUGAAGGACGAGGGCUACAAGGCCUUCUACUUGGAGGGUGGCUUCAGCAAGUUCCAGGCUGAGUUCCCCAACCUGUGUGAGACCAACCUGGAUGGCUCUUCCGACAGCAGCCCCCCCUCCACGCAGGUCCUGGGUCUAGGUGGCCUGCGCAUCAGCUCGGACUCGUCGGACAUCGAAUCGGAUGUGGACCCGAGCAGCGCCACCGACUCCGACGGCAGCCCGCUGUCCAACCCACAGCCAUCUUUCCCUGUGGAGAUCCUGCCCCACUUGUACCUGGGCUGUGCAAAGGACUCUACCAACCUUGACGUACUGGAGGAGUACGGCAUCAAGUACAUCCUCAACGUCACGCCCAACCUGCCAAACCUCUUUGAGAACGCCGGAGAGUUCAAGUACAAGCAGAUUCCCAUCUCGGACCACUGGAGCCAGAACCUGUCGCAGUUCUUCCCUGAGGCCAUCAACUUCAUCGACGAGGCUCGGGGCCAACACCGUGGCGUGUUGGUGCACUGCCUGGCUGGCAUCAGCCGUUCAGUAACUGUGACAGUGGCCUACCUUAUGCAGAAGCUGCAGCUGUCCAUGAAUGAUGCCUACGAUAUCGUCAAGACCAAAAAAUCCAACAUCUCGCCCAACUUUAACUUCAUGGGCCAGCUGCUGGACUUUGAGCGUACGCUGGGCCUCAUGAGCCCGUGCGACAACCGGCUCACCGCCAGCACAGCCACCGUCGUGACGCCGCCCGGGAGCCAGCCCCUCUAUUUCACUACGCCCACCAAUCACAAUGUCUUUCAGCUGGACCCUUUAGAGUCCACGUGAGGGAGGAGUAACCCAUAAGGAGAACCCCCUAAAAAUCUAAAUUUGAGGGCCAUUGACGUCCCGGAAAGAUGUUUUCUGUCCGUCUAGGCUGGACGUGGGCGGCGGGUGACAAGAAGCGGAACACUGGCGGUGAACCCGCCAAUGAAGUGUGUUCAAACUGGACCACUGCUUUGAGCUAUGAACUCACAUUGAUUUUUGCUAUUGUCUUCUGUGAAGACACAAAAUGGACACUUUUGUGUAUACUGUAUAGUUGUUGAUUAUGCCAAAAAAAACCUACAAUCAAUCAAUCAAUCAA